UUCAAUUUUUUAAUUUAAUGUGUCUAAUACAUGGGAGGUGAGAGCACAACCAAAACACCAUGAAGACAUGACUUGUUUGAAGAGCUAUCGUAAGCGCCUCGUCAAAUUUUCGCUCAGAUAUUAGUCUGAUUAGCUCCUUCAUUGGAUCCGCUGGAACAUCAAUCUAAAACAUCCGUUGGCAAACACCUUUAGUGGUAAAAAUCUGGGCAGUAGUUUCAGCAACAUAGGGGGUCUGUACUUUGCUUACUUUAUUUGCUUAUCCAUAUAAGAAUUCUGACAUUUGACGCUUAUCUUUGGUGCUGCAGCCAUAUUGAGCAGUAUGCAGUUUACACACUACACACCUUGUAGCAACCCUUCCCCUGCUGCCAUCACCGGUAGUACCUUGCAAAUCUAUUCAAUCAAGAUAAAGAGUAUAAAAGGCUUGAACUGGCCACUCAGAGUGUAUGGCGAGGUUGCUGCUCGAGACACUGUGGACCGCAACCGCAACAUUCUAUUCUCUCGGUCAAGGUUUGACUAUCAAGAACUCAAUGGAGAAGAUGAUUGCUUAUGCUUGACUGGUCCGUCUCGUGCUAUUGUUGCCUCGGACCAUGUUGAGUUUGAAGUUGACCUCCAAGUAGCCAAUGGAGCAGAGUCUCAAACCCUGAUGAGCUGUAGAGGUUGUUAUGGCGGUACAGAUGGUUUUUUCUCUUGCUUGGCCAGCGUAACUGAUGGUGAUGAUGGAUGUACCUUGUCGUUCUCCAACAAGAGCUGUAGAGUUGAGGUAACCCUUGACCAAAUUGAUAAAUCACUCCAGGCUACUAUCGUGGGCGUACAUGUUACCAAAGGGCGUUGGCCUUUUAAGCAUGGAUGCCGAGUUGUGUGUUCUUGGUCUCCUGCUGCGGCGACAGAUGUCAUUGGUAAGACUUGCAGGCGAGUUGUGCUUCUUGAUCACCGUGGUAAAGGAAUGCACAGAAGACUAGCCAAGUACCUUCAUCUCUCAAGGAGAGUCGUUUCAGUGGAAUCACAUGGAAUGCUGAGAGUGUCCAUAGAAGCAUAUGGAAAAUCUCGUCGUUAUAUUGCUCGAGAAGGUCACAUCAACUUCCCUGUUCAGCAGUGCCAAACAAGAACGAUUGAGUGUCAAGUUGGCGACUCCAAGGUGGAGGUUGCUGUAGGGUGGUCGUUGCUUGUGAAGGAAAAAGCGUGCCUCUCGCUCGAUUGAU